UAGAAAUGAAUAAAGGAUAUAUAUAUAAAAAAAUAUUGGAAAGAGAGGAGAGACAAAGGAAUGGAGGGAAUUCCGCCGGGUUUUAGGUUCUAUCCGACGGAAGAAGAGUUGGUCGGAUUCUACUUGAAGAACAAGUUGGAAAGCAGCCGACGAGACCUAAACCUAAGCCCACUCAUCGAUUGCGUCAUCCCCACCGUCGACAUCUACGAUUGCGAUCCCUCGGAUCUUCCACAAAUAUGGGAAACGAUGACGCGGCAGAAAGAUCCAGAGCAAUGGAUAUUCUUUGUGUCGAGAAGAGAUAGUGAGAAAACCGGAUGGAGACCCAACCGGUUAACUGCGGCCGGUUAUUGGAAAGCGACCGGUUCGUUCGGUUAUGUGUAUACCAAUGACGUAGCGGUCGGAGGGAAGAGAACGAUGGUGUUUUAUACGGGAAGAGCUCCAAGCGGUACUAAAACUGAGUGGAGGAUGAAUGAGUACACUGCACUUGAGCCACAUCAUCACCAUCACCAUCACCAUCACCAUCACCCUCAUCAUCAUCAUGAUCAUCAACAUCAAGCACCAUCAUCAUCGUCGUUACUAGUGUCUUCUGCUUCAACUAUUCCUCCUCAUGCGAUGAGACAAGAUUAUAGUAUAUGCCGAGUAUAUACGAAAUCAUCACGUUUGAGGUCGUUUGACCGCCGUCCACCUCAGCCACCGCCUCCACCUCCGCAGCCACAGACUCCGGUUAACCCCAACAUUUAUUUUAAUCAAGGCCAAAGCCAAACCGGUUUAGUCACUCAUUCUCAACCACUAGCUCAAAAUCUUGGGGAUGGUCAUACGGCUGAGAUUAACGCAAGCCUUCCACAACAACAACAAGAUCAUCAUCAUCAUCAUAGCUCAUCAUCAUCAUUACCAUCUUCGUCAUCAUCAUCAUCGGGAAAUCACCAUGGCAACACAGACAUGGUGUUAAUUGAUGAAAUGUUUUGGGAGCAGCAACUCGAUUCGUUCUUUGAUUACAUUUGAUGGACAAAAUAUAAUGACCACACUUGUUUUGUACUUCGAAGGAUUGCAUUAUAUAACUAUAGUCAAUGCUAAGAGUCGUUGUUCUUCUUAUGAACUUCGCUGUCUUUGCUCGCUAGCAAGAAAUUUGGCCAUUGGCUGAGAGGUGGUAAAGUCAUCCUCGAGGUCAUGGGUUCGAUUCCACUGAUGGGGAGGGAUGUAAUUUCUGGAUCAAAAUGGUCCAUAUACAAAGGCCGGUCCCGGGUCUAGGGUGGAUGUAA